CUUGCCCCAAAAGAAGAGCAGUUGAGGAGACUGUGCAGAGAGGAUAGCUUUUUUCUUGCUUUCUUAUCAUUUAUUUAUAUUUUAUUUUUUUCUUUGGUCUCUUGACCCUUCUUCUUAUAACUAGGUAUGGUUCUGAGAUUUCCCACUCUUUCAUGUCUCUAAUGGCAAAUAAAAAUUUAGACUUUUUCAUGUUUUUGCAAUUUUUUUGUGGGUUUGAAUUAUUAUUUUUGGUAAUUUUUGAUAGGAGUAUUGCGGGCACUGUUGAGUGAAUAUUUUUGUGGUCUAUUUUUCUUCCUUUAUCCCAUUUGAUUGUUCUCUCUUACAGUCGUCUUCUUUUUCCCUUUUCCUGAUCUGGGUCUUGAUGAUUUCACCCUUUUUGGUAGAGAACUUGAAGAGGAAGUAUUGAGUAGUAUCAGUAAGCUUUGGUAUUAGGGAAGAAGAUUACAUCUCCAUCAUUGUUUAUAAUGAUGAUGAUGAUGAAGGAGAAGGAGAAGAAGAAGAAGUUGUUUUGCUCUUUUGACCAGAAGGAAAAAGAGAUCGGAUAGAGUAAAACAACAAAAGAAGAAAAGAGAAAAAAGCUAAAGAGCGGAGAAAAGAUGUCCCCUUUGAUGGACAUUGUUGCUUGUGAUUGUCAAUGAAAGAGAACCAGUAAGAGAGAGAGAGAGAGAGAGAGAGAGAGAGAGAGAGAGAGAGAGAGAGAGAGAGAGAGAGAGAGAGAGAAGAAACGUUUCACUUAUCCUUUCUUUUUCUUCUUUGCCGCACGCUUCUUGUUUAUGUUGGUCUUCUUCUUCUUCCCCUCAUUCUUUUUGUUUGCUUUGAAGUGGCAAAGGGUACUGGUCUUUUGUUGUCAGUUUUCUUUUACCGGCGGUUCAAAAUGCCGAUGUAUCAGCCAUCCAAUCGGAGGAGAGGGGGAGGAGGAGAGGAUUUGAAGAUGGAUGUUGGUGGUGGAGGGCAAGUUCUUGAUCUAGAAACCGCCGUCAAAGACGGCAUUUUGGGCGGCGUUACAGGCGGCGGCGUGGUUGUUGCAGAGAAAUUAGAUCUGAAGAAGAUGGUCGAGGAGCUCGAAUCCAUCGAUGUUCCAUCGGUUUUCAUCUGUCCGAUCUCGCUGGAGCCGAUGCAAGACCCUGUGACCCUCUGCACUGGUCAAACCUACGAGAGAUCCAACAUCCUCAAAUGGUUCUCGUUGGGCCACAACACUUGCCCAACUACAAUGCAGGAGCUCUGGGACGAUUCUGUCACCCCCAACAACACCCUUCAGCAGCUGAUUCACAGCUGGUUCUCCCAGAAAUACCUGGCCAUGAAGAAGAGAUCCGAGGAUGUUCAAGGUCGAGCCAUGGAGAUUUUAGAGACCCUCAAGAAAGUUAAAGGUCAAGCUCGAGUACAAGCUCUCAAGGACCUUAAACAGCUCGUCACUUCCCAUGUUUCUGCUAAGAAAACAGUCGUUGAUAAUGGCGGCGUCUCUUUGAUUUCUUCUUUGCUUGGUCCUUUCACCACACACGCCGUAGGGUCAGAAGCAAUUGGAAUCCUGGUAAGCUUGGAUCUUGAUUCAGAUUCCAAGACCAACUUGCUGCAGCCUGCGAGGAUAUCAUUAAUGGUGGAUAUGUUGAAUGAAGGGUCGAUUGAAACCAAGAUUAACUGCACGAAAUUGAUUGAAAUAUUAAUCCAAGGCAAAGAUUUCGAAUCUGUAAACGUCUCAAGCUUGAGCCUUUUGGUCGGAUUAUUGAGGUUAGUGAAGGAUAAAAGACACCCAAAUGGAGUAUUAGCUGGUCUGGGAUUGCUCAAAAAGCUCUGUUCACAUGAGUCAAUAAGGACAUCUGUUGUGACCAUUGGAGCAGUUCCUCAAUUGAUUGAGCUAUUAUCCAGCUUGAACAAUCAGUGUUUGGAAUUAGCCCUUCAUAUCUUGGAAGUCUUGUCAACACUCCCAGAAGGAAGAUUGGCUUUGAAAGAUUGUCCCAAUACCAUACCCAAUUUAGUGAAAUUGUUGAUGAGAAUCUCAGAGAGUUGCACUGAAUUCGCCUUGUCGAUUUUGUGGGCGGUUUGCAAGCUUGCGCCAGAGGAAUGUGCUUCGUUGGCGGUGGAGGCAGGGUUGGCUGCCAAGCUACUGCUAGUAAUCCAAAGUGGGUGUAACCCUGCGCUGAAGCAGCGGUCUGCGGAGUUAUUGAAAUUGUUGUGUAGUCUAAAUUACACGGCUACAAUAUUCAUUUCCAAGUGUAAGCUUACAAGAACAUUACAGUGAAGGAAAUUGGCAAAGUUUUGUCGAUAGAAAGCUCCCGUUUUAAAAUUUUUUUAAGGGCAAUUUGAAAUCUUGGGAGGGUAAGGAAGAGCUCGUGAGAUGAAGCAAUACUCAAAUGGAGUCAACUAGGUUCUCUGAGGAACCCUAGCCCUUUACCCUUUUACUCUCUCGUGUAAAUUAAGAAGUUUUAUUCUUCUGCAACCUAAAUUCAAGGAGGAGUAUAUUCAUAAUGUGAAUUCCUAAGAAUUCCCACAUGUCUUGGUUUUCCAUCCUCUGUUCAUAACCUGCCUUAUAUUUAAACUCUGGUUCCAAUAGAGCUAUUUCAAAGAUUAUGCACAGGAGAAAUGAAGGUAACGUAAGUUUCUGCAAUGAAGGUUUUUGGGGCAAGGAGGAAUUUAAAGGAAGAAAUCAGAGAUGGGUAAGAAGCCUUUUGCCUGUUGUGAUCCCUUAAUGUUCAUUGCUUCCUGGGGUUGUUAAUGGGGAUUAUGGUCUCUCUGUGAAUCUAAAGGGGGUAUUUGGUUGGCCUUGAGUUCCAAUAUUGUAGAAAUAUUUGCCUCAAUGUACAUCAAGCACUCUAUUGGUAUUCUUUAAACAUGAUCUUAAUUAUCUAAAUUCAACUUUAGAUUCAAUUGUGUUUGGAA